CAUGUCCCGCUCGGUUCUCGGUGACUUUUCCCACCCUUGGGGCGGUUUAGCUCCCACUUUGCCCCGCCGCCAGUGCUAGCUAGCCGCGGCGCAGGCUAACAAGUUGACGUGGAGCAGGAACUCGAGCGUCUGGUCCGGGGACAUUGUUGCUGCGGCUGUCGGAGCUUUGAUUUCCAGCGGAUUCGCGUCACUUCUCCGUUCUAUUGACUCUUUCUCUCGCGAACCCCGUCGCCCAGGUCACAAGCAGCCCGGUAGCGAUGGUUAUUAGGUUCCACGAAGUCCUCCGCAGUGUUUACCAAGUCCACCGCGGGACUCGCUCCGGGUUCCCGUGCUGCAGCGUCAGCUAACACACGCCCGCGCUCCUCGGUGUCGUGGUGUUUACUUUAGAUCCUCCGGCAGAAUUGAUUGUGGACUUUUCCUCUGUCACCAAACAACCUUUUGUCUCGCUUGCGACAUCACGGCUCGGCUGGAGAGAAGAAGAAGAAGAAGAAGAACUCGUCUGGUUCAGCCCCGACUUGACAGGGACGUCACGGGGAGCUGCUGAUCCGUGGAUCGGGUCGUUGUCGUGCGGAUUGAAGCAAAGAAGAGGAGGAGGAGGAAAAAGGAGAAGAAGAAGAGAGGAGGAAUAAUAAUAAGAGAUGUCAGGCCAAUCUAUCACGGACCGGAUCGCUGCAGCCCAGCACAGCAUGACCGGGUCGGCCAUCAGCAAGGCGGUGUGCAAGGCCACCACGCACGAAGUCAGCGGCCCCAAGAAGAAGCACCUCGACUAUCUGAUCCACUGCACCAAUGAGAUGAACGUGAACAUUCCCCAGCUGGCGGACACGCUCUUUGAGCGCACAGCCAACUCCAGCUGGGUGGUAGUCUUCAAAGCCCUGAUCACCACCCACCACCUCAUGAUGUACGGCAACGAGCGUUUCAUCCAGUACUUGGCCUCAAGAAACACUCUGUUUAACCUGAACAACUUCCUGGAUAAGGGUGCUCUGCAAGGCUACGACAUGUCGACCUUCAUCAGACGAUACAGCCGUUACCUGAACGAGAAGGCCAUGUCCUACAGACUGGUGGCCGUGGACUUCACCAAGAUGAAGAGGGGGAUUGACGGAGUGAUGCGCACCAUGAGCACAGAGAAGCUGAUCAAGACCCUGCCCAUCAUCCAGAACCAGCUCGAUGCUCUGCUGGAUUUCCAGGCCAACCCCAACGAGCUGACCAACGGAGUGAUCAACUCGGCCUUCAUGCUGCUCUUCAAAGACUCCAUCAGGCUGUUUGCUGCUUACAAUGAGGGGGUCAUCAACCUGUUGGAAAAAUACUUUGACAUGAAGAAGAACCAGUGUAAAGACGCUCUGGAGAUCUACAAGAAAUUUCUUUACAGGAUGACGAAGCUGUCAGAGUUCCUCAAAGUGGCCGAGCAAGUUGGAAUAGAUCAGGGUGACAUCCCAGAUCUCUCACAGGCCCCCAGCAGCCUGCUGGAGGCUUUAGAGCAGCACCUGGCCUCUCUGGAGGGCAAGAAGACCAAGGAGCUGAACGCAGACACCAGAGCGUCCACCUUGUCCAGCGCCGUCUCCUCCCUGUCCUCCACCGGCAUGUCCUUCAGCCGCAUGGACGAGAAGGAGAAGCAGCAGGCCCUGGAGGAGGAGCAGGCCAGACUGCAUGCUCUAAAGGUCCCUCAGGACCAGCGCCUGAAGGAGAUGAACAUGCAGACCCCGCCCUCUGCCUCCCCCAGCAGCCAAUCGAUAGGCCUCGCCAACAACAACCACAUCACACAAAACCCAGAGUUUUUCACCUCCACGCUGUCUGCCAACAGCGUGCCCAAUCUGAACAGUGACCUGUUUGAUCUUCAGCCGGCCUUCAUCCCCGCUGUGCAUAGCAAUCCUUCCAUCUCCACCGCCAACAGUGCCUGGGGAGGACUGGAGCAGACUGCACCGACCAUGGCCGUAGAUUUCGAUGCCGUGUUUGGGAAUAAAGCUGAACCCAGUAACAACGGCCACCAACCAGCAGCCGGUUUCGAUGCUCUCGGGGACUUGAUGAAGCCGACGAUUCACGCACACAGCCAGCCUCCACCUCAAAUGACCAUCCAUCACGGAGGGAAGAUGCUCGCCAACGACCUCGACUCCUCUCUGGCCAACCUUGUGGGCAAUCUGCAGUUCGGUGGGAUCCCAGCCAAGAAGCCAGAGAUGCACUGGAGUCAGCCCGGGGAGAAGAAGCUGACGGGGGGGCACAACUGGCAGAACAAGACCAUGUCGACCACACAGUGGGGCCCGGCGCCCGUGGCCCCACAGCCCAUGCCUGUACAACAUGUGGCUCCAGCUCCCAUGGCUUUCCCCAUGACCUCACCGCAAGUGCCUGUGUAUGGAAUGGUGCCUCCCCAGAUGGGUCAGAUGGGCGGGGUACAGGUGAUGGGUCCUCAGCAGAUGAUGUACAACCAGGCUGUUCUCAGACCCACCAACCCCUUCGCACCCAUGCCCGGCGCCCAGAUGCAGUUCAUGUAAUCCAGUCGGGGGGGUAAGCAGAGUGCCAAAAGCGACAAACAAACAAACCACAGAAGAAGAAAACACAGGAGAGGAACGAUCAGACGGACGGAGGAAUGAUUUGAUCAAGUUUAAAAUGACUAAGACGACAAGAACCGACACCAAAACAGGAAGUGGACAGAGGCGGAGAUGACCCAACAGAAGAUGGAGGGGUGGGGGGGGUAGUGUGGUGUCAUCCUGGCUGGUCGUUGUCUGAAACAACUCUGUGUGUGUUUGUGUGUGUGUCUGUGCAGCUUCUUCUCGUGGUUCUGAUUCGUGUUUUAAAUCCCAUCGAUGGAGUGAUGUUUCAGGAGAGGGAAUAAAGGACGAGAGAGAAAGACGUGAGGACAGACGGGGGGGGGGGGGGGGGACCUACCUCUGGUUUUCAGGCAGACGUUGUGUAUUUAUAUAUCUCACUGCUGCGAAAGUCUCUGCUGCAGAAUUAGCUUUAUUUCAUACUGGUGCUAUCUCUUCUUCUCUGGGUUACUGCCGCCUGCAACGGCAACUCGCGAGUGUUUUACGAGAGGACAGGAGUUAAUUUAGUGUGAGUGCGGAGGUGUGUUGUGUGUUUGUGCAGAACGUGUGUACUUGUGCACUGCAGUUGUUUCAGACGAUGCCCUCACAACCGACCUCUAUUCCUCCCCCCCCCCCUCGUUCUCCGACUGCGUCCAAUCAGCGAGGGAUGUUACGUCUUCUGGUGUUUCCCGAAGUUUUCUGCUCUGUUGGGAAAAUCUUAGUAUUUUUUUUCCGAUCUCUUUUCUCCUGCGACCUCUCCUGAACGUUAUCGGGGCUUGUACAGCAAUUUGUUGAAUCAUUUUGUUAAUAGUUGAGUGUUUUGCUGUUAUGGGUUUUUAAGCUAAAGUCUUUGUUACUCAUCCGGCAGCGUUUUCUUCUCUUCAGGCCACAGAUGCACACAGAGCUAGCACAACAUGCUAGUGCGGUCAAGAGGUGUCGGGUUACGUACAAGCGCUAGUAAUGUUCCGUUGUGUGUCCGUGUGAAAUGGUGCAGCUGUUGUGCUAACAGCUAAUUCAUUAGCCAGCCAGGGACACACAAGUGUGAGCUACCGUUAAACUUUGCAAGCUAAUGCUAAACUGUUCUUCAGUAUUUCUCUUUAAGAUGUUCAAACUAUCGUAGCUGUUGAGCUAACAGCUAGCCAGCCGAGAACAAUUAUUGACAGAUUGUCCCAAAAACACGACAAUUUCACUGCGAUGUCUGGACAGUUGUUGGUCAAUAGCACAAAUUUGUGAGUCAAAGUAAACAAAACAUUUAACACGAUCAAUUCCUUCCCCUUGUGAGUAAAUCUACAAAAUUUGAAUCUUUAGCUAGGCGCGAUUUUUCGUGCUUAUUUUGAAUAAAUUUCUACUUUUGCCGUGCUAGCAUCAUUAGCCCGUUAGCCCCUUGCUGAUCUGUGUGUGUCUGCUCGUCUUGUGUUCAUCAGAUCGCCGAGCGGAUUCAAACAUCGAGGGGUUUCUAAAAUAAGACUUUUUCCAUUAGUUCACGUAUUCACGUAAUGUGCCAAUGAUUGUUGACGGCAGCACUGAGCGAGUCACAUGUUACUGAAUCAAGUUGAGGUCACUUUAAAUUGCACUGAAUCAAAGUGAGUCUCUUCUAGUGCGACUGGUUCUGCGCCGAGAGCCGAACGCUGCAUUGUUACUGGGAAAUUCGGAAGGGGGGGGGGGGGGUUAAAUUUGACUCGUGUACGAAGUCGUGGUCAUUCUUCAGCCAAAGCUUUCAUCGCCACGAGUUUGUCUGUCGGUGUUUUGGGAUUUCAUGUGUUCACGUGUACGCUAACACAUUCAUAUGUAUGUUUUCCAUUGAGGGCUAUUUCUGAGGGGUCACAUGUUGAGCUGCGAGUCUGACAUGAAAUGUGCUCGUUUCGUUUUUUUUUGUAAAAUCUAAUUUUGUUGCAAAAUGCACACGCGAAAAUUUUGCACUGAAGUGACUAUCCUGCCGAAGUGGAGCUGUCGCCGGAUCUCCUGCAGGCGGCGAGAGAUUUGUAAAAGACAGUUUUGGGUUUUACAAUAACAAGUUUGUCGGAUCUACCAGCCACAUUGGCGAGUAACUUAACGUUAUUUUCCUGCCAUUUUAACAAUGAACUUGAAACUGUUUGUACUCCCGUCCCCAGCGUCUACAUCCCGAACCAUCAGUGAUAGUCCAGUCGACUCGGUCGCCGCUCUGUCUAGUCGCUCGCUCUAGAAUUCUUUCUUUCAGUGUUUGGAGUGUGUAGAUAUGUAAACAAAGAAAACGACAAAAAAAAAUAAAUAGUGCUAAUAAGCAGUUUGUGUCUCGAUCGUCUGCUCUCACGCGUCGCUGUUGGAUAGAUAUUGCUCUUGUCGCGGUCUUGUGUUAGCUUAGCCUCUCGUCAUAGUGUAGAAGACGUCCCGCUGUAGGUGUCCCCACCUCGUCCCUGCCGCUGUCUCGUGACUCUAGCUCUUAUCUCUUGGUGUCUCUGUCUUUUAGGUGUAGAUGAAAACCUGUCGGAGGCUCGUUGGGUUUAUGCUUCGCUUUGCCUCGAGCUUUAAGUCGCUCUCUCUUCUUUCAGCUUCACUCCAGUGUCCGUUAGGUUCCUCGUCUUUCUUUUCUCUUCCCGUCUUCACAACAACGGCUCGUCUUCGCCUCGUGGUCGAGACGUCAGCCGCCAACAAACUGUUUCUGAUUGGACUGUUGAAUCCCACAUGGAGAUUGGCUGAAGUUUCUGGUCCAGUCAUGUUUGGAAAUGAGCUAAAUGCUAACGGAUGUGAAGUCGUGUGCUCAGGACUCUCUUCGCCAGUUUCCACAAUUCCCGACUAAAUUGUUAAAAUAACUUUGAUAGAAGAACAAACUCUAUAAAGUCUGAAGCCUCAAAUCCUCUGGGGCCCAGAAUAAAAAGACAGUUGCAUUCAGGCACUUGCAGAACUAUUUGUUUAAUGGACGCCUCCUCUUUCUGUCUAUCGGUGGUUCUGGUGUCUUCUGGGACAAUCCGUCUCACUGUCUCUAAUCAGAUGUGAUAAUUUGUCGGAUCAGGAAGCGAAGCCGCUUUGAUGCAAAAUCAAAUCAUGUCAUUGAGGAUCUGAUCCUUUCUGAUGUUGAAUAUCCAGCUCAGAAAACACAGGAACAGUCACGUCAGGAUUUUCUCAAGAGCUCCCCCCCCCCGGUCAGUUUCUUUUCUGUUUUGUAAACCUUUAGAUUUCUCUGCAUGGAAUCCAGUCCUGCCUGUUGCGUGGAGGUUUGAUUUCUCUUUGUGUCCCUUGUGGUUUCAAAGUUGUGGAGUUCUGUGCGAUACACGGCGAAGAAGAGGAGGAUGAAGAAGAGGAGGAGGAGACCACUGUGGUUGUUUUCGUUUUAUCUUCGUCACUGGCUCACGUCCUGAGCGUCCAUGUAACUGCCAGUAAUUAAAACAGCUUUAUCACUUCGGUAAUGCGCGUAUCCGGGGGGGGGGGGGUUGGCCGAGCAUGCAGGCUCCUCUUUCGGCAACUCCCUCCCUCGAAGCUCUCUCUCGCUCCUCGUCUGGGAAAGUCCCCGGUACGACUGCCGCUCUCUGGGAUUGCCCAACGGCUCGGGCGGCCUAGCAUCCGAUCGGCCUGGUGGGAAGUGUGUGAACUUUAACCUGCUGCCGCCUCCUCCCUGCGUCGUGUAGCAUGAAUCCAGACGGAGGAGCUGAUGAACCUUGAUGUCAUUUUAACACAUUCUCUGCUGAGGCCAAAUGUCGGGGGGGCGGACUCCUCUCUCUCUUUCUGGGGUCGGUGAGAGCAUGGUUGUGUUGUUGAUGUUUGUUGUCCUCUUCUCCCCCCCCCGAACAAGCAUGAUGUUGACAGUGGUGGUGAUACUGAUGGUGAUAACCCCCCCCCCCCCCCCCCCCCCCCUCUAGUCCCUGUUGUCCACACGUCUCCCUAAAGAGCGAAAUGGAUCAGACUUUCUUGACCAGUCAUUUUCCGUCCACGGCAGUUUGAGCUGAAUUGGACAGAAGGAGACAAACCUGUCGGGUGUCCCUCGUCCUCUGGGUCUCUGCACGCUUGUGGCGCCCCCUGUGGGUCGCUUGUGCAAAGUGGAACAGAUUCUAAAUGGUCCUGGUUGUCGUCGGUGUCAAAGAUCUCGUGCACGCUCAGUUUUUCUACAUCUGUGUUUUUUGGUAAGAAACCUCGGAUUGCUGCCUCACUCUUCUGUACAUAGACACACACAAACACACAAACACACACACACACGACACGCAGCUUGACUACACACACUUAUAACCUGCAUUAUUUUUCAUUUACUCUUUAUUUUUCUGAACAGAUAUUCGUGUUCAUACAGCAGUAUAUAUUGGUAUGAUUACUACUCGGUGGGGGGGUGGGGGGGGGGUGAAACAGGAAGCAGAUUUCGAGGGGCAGCAAAUCAGGAUCAGCCAUUAAUUCUCAAAGAUGCCAAAUGUUUUAGUUUUUGAGCAGAGUUCCAACUUUUAAUCGGUUCCUCUCUCUUCUGUCUCCCCCCCCCCCCGUCUCUUUGUACAUUUUUUCUAUUUAUUUAAAGCAGAAUUAUAGAUUGUAUCAAGCAUGGAAAGGCUAACAAAUGUUACAGUGGACAAAAAUCACAGGCUUUUAUUUUACAGCAGUAUAUUUGUUUAUUCAAAGGAUUUGUUUUUCUCUUUUUUGGAAGAAAUAAAGUCAUUUUCCAUUCCUA